AGUAUUUACGGAAGUAGGUAAAGCUAACAGGAGCUACACGGAUGUUUUUCGUCUUUUCCUCGUUAAUAUGCUAAUAUGCAGACAGACGAGCGUGUCACCUGUCUUAGAAAUGAUUUGUUGAAGUCUUGCGGGACGUUUAAUGUUCUUGUCGGCGUGACAGGAAGCGUAGCAGCCUUGAAACUGCCUCUUUUGGUAUCACAGCUUCUUCCGCUCCCUGGGGUGGAUGUAAGAGUGGUCACCACAGAGCAUGCCAAGCACUUCUACAAUCCUGCAGAGGUUUCAGUAAAAGUCUACAGUGACAGCGAUGAAUGGGAGCUGUGGACUCAGAGAUCUGACCCUGUGCUACACAUUGAGCUAAGGCGCUGGGCAGACCUUUUUGUUAUUGCCCCCCUUGAUGCCAACACUCUUGGAAAGAUUGCCAGUGGCAUUUGUGACAACCUGCUGACAUGUGUGGUAAGAGCCUGGGAUAUCAGUCGUCCUCUCCUCUUCUGCCCUGCAAUGAACACGGCUAUGUGGCAGCAUCCAAUUACAGCCCAGCAGGUUUCCAGGUUGACAGAGUUUGGAUAUGUGGAAAUUCCCUGCAUUGCAAAGAAGCUAGUGUGUGGAGAUGAAGGUAAAGGAGCCAUGGCAGAAGUAUCAACUAUUGUCGGUGUCAUCAAACAGUACAUUCAGAAACCAGAUGAGUCAUCUCAGAAAACAUACACAUGACAUAUUGUACAUUCAGCUGACAAGCAUACAAACAAAUAUAAAAUAAACUCAGUGACUUGUCUUCUCAAGGAAUGUGUAUCCAAGCUCUGCACACACACAAUGGACUCACACAGUUGCUUUCAUCUCUAUUAACCCUUCUUGUUGGGAUUGCAUGGGUGUUCACCAACCGUCAAUAGCUGGCAUAUCACUGACUCACCCUGAGUUUGGCUGCAGGGCAACAUGCACCUUUACCCCCUCUAAUUAGUACAUGGACUUUGGUGAGAUCAUGCAAUUUCUAGCGUAGCUCAACCCCAAUGAAACCUCUGCAGCCUGAUCAGCCAGGGCAACAGAAAAGACUUGUGUGGGGGUGUCACAUAAGCUGUCAUUGUCCAUUAUGAACACGGUUUGGUGCUUGUUUUUACAUGCAUCAUCAUUACAGAAAACUGACAUGAUUGGUGGCUUGUUGGAGAGAGAAUGCUGUUGAUCUAGUUAUUUAAGCCUCUCCUCUUUUCUGCAGUGACGCAUAAUCCCCCAAUUUCAUUGGAAUGUGUUUUAGUAUAUAUCUUAUAUUUUCAAAGCAGCAUUUAAUCAGUGACAUGUCAUCAAGCUUAUGGAUAAGCUGAAAAAUGCAUUUCAGUCAUUGACAGUCAUCCGUCCACACUGCCACCCACACUGAUGUCAGGUGUGGCCAUCUUACUGUGUUUUGUGAAUUUACUGUGUAAGUGCAUCAUAGCAAAUUACUUGAGGGUCAGAUGUUCUACCUGCUUAAAAAAAAAGUUGAUGUGAAUUUCUGGGCUGUUGACACGCUAUUGUGUCUCUGACAACAUAAAUGGAAAAACGCUGCCAGUGUCAAAGGUGAAAGAAAUGUGUAUUAAAAACAAUGUUUCAGCUGUUUGUUUGGAUGUUUUAUGUUCUAGAUUUUUCUAGAUGUCAGAGUGCCUCACAGAAUAAAAGAUAAAACAAGUUUGGUAUCCCAUCAUGAGAUUAGGUUUCACUGGCAGUACGUGGCGCAGUUUGGGGAAUUUCAAACAUUCUGUUGUUGGAGAAAACAAAUGUUGCUCUGUGCUUUAAAGGGGAACUACACCCAUUUUCCAAAUUUAUACAUGUUAUUCCUUUUGUCUAAAACAGUCUAAAAAUAUAAAUUAACUUGACAACUCUCCCAAAUCUAAAAGCUAGAGUACUAAAACUCAAAUUUAUGAUGCCAUAGGGUAUGAAGUCUGGAGCUGCUCCAUAGACGGUGAAUUAGGACAGAUGUGAUAGAUGACACGAGAGAAGCCAGGGGAAUUUUCUGAGUAUAUUCAUGCAUUUUUCUGGGGAACUGGGAACACUACAGUACAGUGAAGCUCAUUUGGAUAUAAAAAAGAAAACAAACAUUCUUUGAUACCCUAUGGCGCCACAACUUUUAGACUUACCUCUCUGGCUUUAAGAGAGAGCAGCUCAUGUUCACAAAUAUUGAUUGAACUUUCCAAGCCUAUGGAAAUAACAUAUAGGAAUCCUUAAUUUUGGCGGUGUUCCCCUUUAAAGCAGCAGCGGUGUACUCUAGAAAACUGGUGAUUAUGCAAUAAAAAGUCACUAAAUGUA